GCCUCGCGGCCCGUUUGAAUCGCAACGGAUUGCCCCGCCGUUGCGACUGCGCUGCCUGCCCCCAACCGCCAUGGCAUGUAAAUAUUCAACACAGUAGACCUCAAAACACCCACCGCUAUUCGAUAGCAAAACCAAUUACGUCUCCAUUUACCCCGGAAUCUACUUACAGCUGCCAAGUUUUCUUGUUACCGUACGGUAAGCAUUUCCCACAUUCAGUGACUCAGGCAGACCCCACCACAAAACCCCGCGCUCAAUUCGCCUCGCCUCAAUUCAAGCUGCCAUUGAAGAACCGCAAAAACAACGACACCUGAAGUGUUUCCCCUCUGAAUCUCCCCAACGACUGAAGCAAGCAGUGUUGCCUACGGAACGAAUCACCAUGCCGACUACCAUUAUUCUUGGUUCCCAAUGGGGUGACGAGGGCAAGGGCAAGCUCAGCGAUAUCCUUUGCCAGAAGGCCCAGAUCUGCGCCCGCGCUGCUGGAGGUCACAAUGCUGGUCAUUCAGUUGUCUUCCACCUGCUCCCAUCAGGCUUGAUCAACCCCAACUGCGAGAACCUCAUCGGCUCCGGCGUCGUCGUCAACGUCGAGGCUUUCUUCAAGGAGCUCAAUGCGCUCGAGGAGAAGGGUCUGAAGCACGUCCGCGAGAAGAUCCUCAUCAGCGACCGCGCCCAUGUCAACCUCACACUCCACGCCGCCGUCGACAGGGCGGAGGAGGCUCAAUUAGAAGGAAACAAGAAGAUUGGCACCACCGGCCGCGGCAUCGGCCCAUCAUACGCCACCAAGGCCAGCCGGAAGGGUAUCAGGGUUCACGAGAUCUUCAAGGAGGCCGUCUUUGAGAAGAAGCUGCGCACUCUGGCCGAGGGGUAUAAGAAGCAGUUUGGCGAGCUUUUCGAGUAUGACGUUGAGGAGGAGAUUGCCCGCUUCCGCGAGUACAGGAAACUGCUUCCCAACUUCGUCUGCGACGGCCCCAACUUCAUCGAUCAGGCCCAGAAGAGCGGACGGGACCUCUUGGUUGAGGGUGCCAAUGCCCUGAUGUUGGAUAUUGACUAUGGCACCUACCCCUACGUCACCAGCAGCAAUACUGGUUUCGGUGGUGCCGUUACUGGUCUUGCGCUCGACUACAAGCAAAUCAAGGAGGUUAUUGGUGUCGUAAAAGCUUACACCACCAGAGUUGGUGGUGGUCCCUUCAAGACCGAAGACCUCGGUGAGGCCGGCACCAAGCUCCAGGAGAUUGGCCGUGAAUGGGGUGUUUCUACUGGUAGGAGACGUAGGUGCGGCUGGCUCGACCUUGUCGUGCUGAAGUACUCUCAGCUCAUCAACAACUACACAUCGUGGAACUUGACCAAGCUCGACAUCUUAGACACAUUCCCUACCAUCAAGGUUGCUGUCGCCUACAAGGACAAGGAGACUGGCGAGGUCAUCGAGCACUUCCCCGCCGACCUCGACUACCUUGACACUCUCGAGGUUGUCUACAAGGAGUUUGAGGGCUGGCAAACACCCAUCACUUCGGUCAAGACCUUUGACGCCCUUCCCGCGCAAGCACAGGCGUACGUCAAGUUCAUUGAGGAGUUCACUGGUAUCCCCGUGAAGUGGAUCGGUACUGGCCCUGCGCGCGACGACAUGAUUUGUCUUUAAGCAAGCAAAGCAAGAUGUCUGCUUCGGCGAGAGUUUGCGGAAUGUUUGGAGAGAGUGUUAAGACUCAUAGAUUCCCCUUUUCUUUGUGGCUUUUCUUUUUUUGUAAAGAGAGAGGAAGGGAAGGGAGGGUUUUGCAAAAAGAAAAAUGAUGGGAGGCAACGGCGUACC